AUGUACCCUUACCAGUCAUCCUCGUCGUCUUCUUCGCACUACCCAACCUCAAAUUCAAGUCUUCCAAACCAAAAUUCCACCAAGCGAGUUUUACUUUUUGGGCAAAUACGCGUAACCACCGAUUCAUUAAGCAGAGUAUUUGGCGAUUUAACUCUUGAACCUCAAGUCAAACAAGAAAAAGAGCAAGUAAAGAUAGAGUCUAAAGUACAGAAAGAUCAAGUAAGAUUUAAAGAACAAGUAAAACGUGAAUCUCGCGAACAGGAAAUUAUACGUGGUUCACAGCAACAAGAAAAAUCAAAGCGUAAUUCUCAAGAACAGGCAGAUCAAAAGAGUUCACAGAAGCAGAAACAAGAACAAAAGAAAUCUUUAGAUAAAGAAGAAAAUGGAGGAUCCUCUAUAAAAGGAACUGCCACCACCUCUAUCUCAUCAAAAAAAUCACAAAAGAAUGGUUCUAAACCCAAACAAUAUAGUUUUGCGUUCACUUCCCUAUCGCCCACAAAUGACUCAGUUCGCAUAGUUGGCAUAACACCAGGACUAUCGUACUGGGGAGACAACCCUCACGAAAAAUUAGACACCAUACCAACAGGAUAUCUCUACUUAAUAAAAACAUUCAAUUUGAUAGUACCGCCAAACUACAUAUUUACCGUGAUAGAUUUGUCUGGUGUCUCGGGUCCGCCAGUACGCGAGCCAAAAGAUGUCAAUGGGAUUACGUGGAACCUCGUUCCAAUGUCCGAUAUUAAAGGGAAAGACAAUUAUCUAAAGAUAGGCCUGAUUCAUCAUCUACGGUAUGCUAUAGAGAAGGAAGGAAUCAAUCUGUGUAUUUUGGCGGCGUUAUUUUCUUCGGAGAAGUUUUCAGUGGCACGAUUUGAAAAGUUGCUUGCGAGUUCGGAUAUCGGGGAUCCAACAAAUCGAAGAUUGUGGUAUUUGUAUGAGUUUUUGACAGAUACGCAUUUGGAGUCUAUUGAAGAUUUGCCGCCUUUGGAAAAUGAGGUUCUAUUGCUUGAUAAGAAAAAAUAUUUCACUUCGAUGCCUAAAUUGUCGCCGAGGCAUCGGAUGAAUGUCAACUUGCUUGGUAAUCGGGAGUUUUGUCCGAUGGUUCGUCGAGAUGGAGAAAUUGGAAUAAAGUGUGUGUCAAAGAAGCGACAUCCAGGAUCCAAGGGCAAAACACCAAAAUUUAAAACAUUAUUGGAUAAAAUAGCCAAAUCGGAAAUCGCGGCAUCCUAUGCAAUUGAUCGUCGAUCAAUGCCAACUUCCAAUACACCAGAUGGAAGGGGAAAAGAAGCGAAUGAAGCCUUGGUUGAAAUGUUUCAAAGAUACUGCGGUCAAUCAUUUUCAACUCCCGUGAACACAAAUGACCUUUUUUACAUAUCUAGUAAAUUCACUUCAGCUGAUCCGCCAAUAACUGAUUAUCGCAAAAGCCAGCCAUUUAUUAUCAAUAGUAAUAAAAGUCAAAAGAAUAUUAACAUUAAAUAUAUCCCACCAAAACCAGAAGAUGUAAAUGAUAUGAUGAACGGGUUAUUACUUUUGUUUAACCAACGCCUGUGCGACUAUCUAAUGGAUCCUAUAGUGUUGACUGCCAUAGUUUCAUUCGGUAUUGGCGUGAUACAUCCUUUCGAUGAUGGAAACGACUUGUUGUUUCGUUUCCUGUUUCAUCAUGUAUUAACAGUUUCGGGAUUCUACGUGGAAGAUCCCAUCUGUGUUCCAUUAUGUAGAGUGAUUUUCCGAAAUACGGAUCGGUGGUCGUCCUCACUUGAUCCAUUAGCCAAAUGGUUGAUGCGGUUGAUUUCAUAUCAGUGGAGUGAUGAACAGAAAACUAGUUUGAAGGUGUUGACACAUAAGACUGACUAUUGGUAUCGAUAUUUUGACGCGACUGAGUGUGCAAAGUAUUUCACUGAACUUGUGAAAGAAGCUUGUGAUUCUAAUUGA